GCUUUCGGCAAAUGUUCUUCAACUUUAUCGCGUUGUCGUACGAGGCUUGCAUUCUAUUUUCUACAUUUUGCUCAGCAUUUCUCAGCCGUGCACUUGGCGUUACAAAGUCCAGCUUUUGUUAACGUGUUUACAUUCGAAUAAACUUUAUCAUAACAAUAUUGCUCGCAAUAAAUCAUUUCGCAUUUCAGCGUUUCAAAUGUAGGCUUCCAUGAAUCAGUCACAUUCGCCCCUCAUGGAUUCCGGGCGUGAGUGAAUUCCUUAAUCUAUGUUUUACCUGAAAACUGAUUAAAUAUUUCUCCGUGCAGUUGUUAACACUAAUUUGUGAUUUGGCUACCAAAGUGGUUUAACCGAAGCUGAAUGUGUUGUGCUUCAAAUUUCGUUGUGAAAGAUACCCAUUUUUACUCCUAUAAUAUUCUCUACGGCGUACGGGUGUCGCUUGAAAAUAUAAACGUUUGAGCUACAAUACAAUUCUACUCCAAACAUGGGGAAGCAUACAAGCCACAAAAAGCAACGCGACGAAAUAAUUCCGCCCAAAAAGAAUAAAUUUGUCCUAUUUAUUAAAGCCGUUUAUCGCAGAUUUUAUAACUUCGCUAUUAUCGUCAUAAGAGCAUUGCUAGAUUUCUUCUUAAGUCAUAAAGCAAAAUCGAUGCCACCUAUAUCAGAUCCAAUACUCUUAGAAUCGGCAACAUCACUAGCGCAAAAAAUUAGGACACAAAAGCUCACAAGCGUGCAGGUCAUUAAUUCAUUCAUCCGGCGGAUUAAGGAAGUUAACCCUUUAUUGAAUUGCGUUGUCGACGAGCGUUUCAAGGAUGCACUGGAAGACGGAGCGCAAGCAGAUAUGCUUAUCAAAUCAGGAAGAUAUACUGAAAAAGAAUUGGAGGAAAAGUUUCCCUUCCUGGGAGUUCCAUUCACGACAAAAGACCAACUUGCUGUGAAAGGAAUGAUACAAACAGCUGGAAUUUACAGGCGAAGGAAUAAUAGAGCAACAGAAGAUUCCGAUGUAGUUGCAUUAAUGCGAAAAUCAGGUGCUAUACCUCUGGCUUUAACUAAUGUGUCUGAAGUUUGUAUGUGGUGGGAAAGCGUGAAUACGGUCCAUGGAAGAACAAGUAAUCCAUACAACACCAACCGAAUCGUCGGGGGAUCAAGUGGUGGAGAAGGUUGCCUCCAGGGUUGUGCUGGUUCAGCGUUCGGUAUAGGGUCUGACAUCGGCGGAUCAAUUAGAAUGCCAGCAUUUUUCAAUGGAAUCUUUGGACACAAGCCAUCUUCAUACAUUGUUUCCAUCAAGGGCCAAUAUCCAGAUCCAAAUUCUGAAGAACAACGUUCCUUCAUAGGAAUUGGGCCAAUGGUUCGCCACGCCGUCGAUCUUAAACCCAUGUUGAAAAUCUUAGCCGGAGAUAAUGCGAAAUUCCUCAACCUCGAUAGUCCUGUUGAUUUGAAGAAAAUCAACGUCUUUUAUCAAGAACACGAUGGUGGUGGUUUCAUGGUCUCGCCUGUCGAUCGAGAUCAAGUAAUGGUUCUCCGAAAAUCAGUUCAUCAUUUAGAAACAGCAUUGAAUAUUAAGCCGAAGCAAGUGCAUAUCGACAAAUUCAGACAAUCUGGACCCAUCUGGAUUGCAAACAUGGCAGACAAUAGUGGCGUUGACUUUGCAUUGCAACUAGGCAACAAGGAAGUACGCAUCAACCCCUACAAAGAACUCUUGAAAUGGACUGUCGGUAAAUCAAAGCACACUCUGAUCGGUCUACUCACGUGCAUUGCCGAGGAUAACUCGGUACAGCAUGGAUCUGAACAGCAUCAAUACCUUGUGAAGAAACGUGAUGACCUUAAAGCGGAAAUGCAGAAAAUGCUAGGGGACAAUGGAGUUUUCCUUUAUCCCACUCAUCCUACACCUGCUCCCUAUCAUAAUGAACCCAUCGUGAGGACUUUCAACUUCACUUACACUGCCAUUAUCAACGUGCUUGGUUUCCCGGCUACUACAGUUCCAUUGGGUAUCGGAAGAGAAGGAUUGCCACUAGGACUACAAGUGAUUGCCAAUGUUAAUCAAGAUCGACUAUGCCUUGCCGUUGCAGAGGAGUUAGAGAGAGGACUCGGGGGCUGGGUCCCACCAGAAAUUCUGUGUUAAUAAAUUAUUGACUUUUAAACUUUAUAUGAAAUAUGUAUGUACAUAUUUGUGUAUUAUUUAUGAAUCAUAUCUGUUGAAUAAAACCGGAAAAUCAACCUUA